CGCUAGGUAAACCUGCGAGAGUCACAAACGCUGCGGCUCGCCUCGGUUGCUCGGCACAAGCCACGAUCAAACCUCGUUCAGAUCCCGCUCCGAACGGACGUGCCACGCUCCAAGGCGCUCAAGACGCGUGACCAUCGCGAGUUCGAACUCUCUUGUGAUUGCGAGUGAUUUUUUUUUAUUUUUAAGUGAUUCAGUUCGCGACCAUGGCAGUGCCAUUCACCAUGCCAGACGAUCAAAACGAGGUUGAGGUCCUCCUCAUCCAGCUUCAGGCGCUUCUGACCAAGCUUCAGAUUGCGGCGAGGAAACAUAGGCUCAGAUCUCAACAGGCUCAAUCUAAUGGUUCUGCGGCUGUGGCAACGUUGACGACCACAGCUCCUCUCAGAGUGCGAGGUUCGUCGAUAAACAGACAAAGAAGCGAGAGCUCCGAAACAGCAGCAUCGCCCGCACAAACUACGAACGCGAUACCAGAUCUCAUCUCAAAUUUGUCAUGGUUGGCCUCGUCUCACAACGAGACCCAGGCUGCCUCCGCUUUGACUGCCAUGCCCGUACGAUCUCCAAGACGAAGACGAACCAAUUCCGAAUCUUCGAAUUGCGACAAAACUACAAAAACCACAACCACCGACCUCUCUCAAGAUUGGAAUAAGGUUAAUUGUGAUGACGACGGAGAUGAUGAAGGCGGUUCGUCCGACGGAUUGCUGUCAAAAAUAAUGCCAGCAACUGUAUCCUCCUGCUCAUUCAUGACUGCAAUGAUCUGUUUUGUCGGAUGGCACAUAUUUUGUGGUCGGUAAAUCUCGCUCAAAAACAUUUUGAGGAGCCAUUUACAAUUCACCCAAAGCAUAAGUGAUUAAAAUCAUAGUUAAGAAUUCGCAUAUAUAUUAUGUUUUUUUUGCUUUAUGUUGUUUUUUUUUUCAUUAUACUUUCGGUGUGUUCUUUAUUAUUUCAUUUAUAUAAUAUUCUAUAUAUAAAUAUACUGAGUGUUAGGUUAAAUUUAAGGGUUUAUAUAAAGUAAAUAUUUUCCAAGUAAAUAAGAAUAAUCUUGUGAUUAGGUGUGGUAACUUUAACCGCACACGUUGUUAUCUAUGUCUAAAUAAUUAGAUUUUAUAUUUCUUGGAAAUUGUUUGAAGAUGGAUUAUGAUGUGGUACGCAGGUCAUUUGUCAAUAUUAUAAGCUUGUCGGUAAAGUACUGUGCGUGCUAUUAAAAUAGUUCUCUAUUAAAUUUGUUCGUAAUUAUUUUAGUUUAAACUAAAUGUUAUUAUUAAUUGAAAUAUAUUAGGAAGACAAUCAAGGUUAUUCAUUACUUUUUGGAAACUUUACUUUACCGAUUGGCAUAGUAAGAUUACUGUGUUGGUUCCAAAGAAAGAAAAAUAAAUCAAAGCGUUUGAUCUCAUUGAUUUAGGCCCAGGCCGUAUAUAAAGGCAGGUCUACACUCAGGAAUUUUUAUAUUUGUAAUUAAGUGGAAAUUUCAGUUUGCCUUCGCGAAACGAGAUUCGAAAUUAUUGGCUCCCAUGGAGCCAUUUUUCAAGUUUUUUUGACUGAUUUCGUUUGAAUUUUCGAUUUAGUUAUAAUUAAUUAACUUGAUAAUGUAAGGAAAAAGUCAAUUUGUAUAUAAUUUUUGAAAAAAAUCUCGUUUUUUUGAAGCUUGUAAUUAUUUGUAUAUAACGAUUUCAUUUUUGUUUCCAAAUGGUUAGAUUCAGCAGAGCCAAAGAAAGACAUGGAAGUGCCAAACGGCUAUAGUUUUAUUUGAUAAAUAUAACAGUAACAUCUACUUCAAAUUCAGAUAAUCCGAAAUUUUCUCACUUUUUUGAUUUGACGAGUUUUAUGAAUGCGAUCUGUGUCGAGAAACAAUUGCUCAAAGAUCGAUUGGUUAACUUUUGCUACCAAUGAGUCUGACUAUCUACUGUGUGUAUAAAAUGGUGCGGCAAGGGAUGCUUUGCCGCUAAAAGGUUUUCAAAUGAUCUCCGUAGGUAGAAUAGAGGUGCUGUCAUUGAGCUGAAAUUACCAGCUCGCACCUACGAGAUAAUUUAAAGCAGAGCACCAAUAUUUUAUGAAAAUUUUAUCGUACUUUCUAAAAGAAUUUAAUAUGUUGAUACCUGAUAAAUAAAUAAAGUAAAAAGAAAUAAAUAUUCUAAUCUAGUUUGAUAUUGAUAUAUAAAAUUUAACUGUAUUUUAAAAGUUAAAGGGACGUGCUCUGUUUGUAAAUUAUCCCGUUAACUUGUAAAUAUUGUGAGGCCAGGCCAAGACAAUUUGAAUUAAACUCGCUGGCACAGCCUCAGCCAUGCAUGCAUAUAGCUUUCUACUUUUUUACGAUGUAAGAUAUAUAAAGUUGUAUAUUGAAUGCGGAUAUUUUUAAAUAAAUAAAGCAUUUAUGUAAGAUUAAGGUUUAGUUCUAAGUUCUUUUAUAUAUAGCUCCCCGCUGGAAGCUAUACGCUAGAAUUAGCUCUUCAAAGCGCCUCUGUGAUUUAAGCCUUAAACAGGCGAAUACACCGUGUAAAAGAGACUUCCCAAUUUUUUGGGCCUUUUACAUAAAAUCCUGGUUCCAUUGAUCUCUGAAUACAUUUUGACAAAAUGUUAAUUUUGUAGUUUAUACUCCUAGUCAGUAUAGUCGUUGUUUUUACAUAGCGUUGGCUAGGUUCUCUAAUUAUUUCUAAGUUUAUGUAGUAGUGUUAUUGUUUACUUAUUUUGUUAUCAUCGCUAUAGAUAUAGAUGUAUUUUGCCGAUUGCCAUAUGAUUUCCGUUGCUACUAUAGAUACUCUGUGCUAAUUGAAACUUGUACAGCUGCCGGACGAAGCUGACCAUUCGAUGAAAAACUUGCCAAGCUUGUCCGGCUGCCUAUAUAUUUUUCUUGUCUACCUUGUUCAUAUCUUAAAUGCACGUGGUUCUCUAGCACGUGUCUUUAAGACCCGUCGAAAAAACAAAUGUUGUUUACCUGACUUGGACCAACAUUGAUCAUUUGGGCCCGUGAUAAUAACCCAACGUGGUCUAUAUAACCAGUUCAGAUUUUUUUUCAAAAUAGCUUAUAUUAUUUCCGAUAUAAUAAAUGUCAUAAGUUUUAUACAUGUUUAAUACAUAUAUCUAUAUAUUAUAUUUUUGUGAUGUGUGGAAGAAAUACUAUACGAUUUUUUAGUCGUUUUAGUUUAUUUUUGCUGCAGGUGGUGUAACAUUAUUUGUGCAGCUAUGGAUUUAUGCCAUACAUACACAUCUCUUACCAACGUCUUUCACCAUGUACUUUUUUCACUUUUAUAUAGUUGAUUUGGAAUAUAUGUAAACA